ACCGUAUUCCUUUCUCAAGAAGAUCUCUUUACAGUAUUUGUACUCCUGAAGUUUUACGCAAUUUUACGCUACUUCCUGCAUCUUUACUUAACAUGGCACCCCGCGGUCGCGGAAAGUUCUCCAAACCCAGCAGAGGAGGGGGCAAACAUUUCAGUCGCGAUGUUCAACCGGUAGACAAGGACGGAAACCCCGUUGGUCUAUGGCGGGAACCAGGCGAUGACAUCCCCUCAUCAGGCGAAGAAGGUGAAUCAGAAGAAGCCUCCGGUUCCGAGGAGGAGUCCUCGGACGAGGACGACGCACAAGCCGGGCCCAGCACCGUCGCCGGAGCAUCAGCAGGACCAGCAGCAGCAAUGACUCGCGAGGAGCGACGCGCCGCAGCCAAGGCGAAGAAGCUAGCCGCGAUCGCGCGACGGAACAACGUCGCCGCGCAACCGGGUGACCUGCCUCCCUCGGACUCGGAGGAAGAUGAGAGCGACGACGGCGACGACGAGGACCUCCCCGCCAACCCGAACCACACCGCCAAGUCCCGUUCACAACUUGACAAGGAUCCCGCGGCAGCUCCGGAGAAGGCCGCGGCCGCGGGUGGCGACCUGUCACAGCUCUCUCGGCGGGAACGCGAGGCCAUCGAGGCGCAGCAGGCCCGGGAGCGGUACAUGAAACUGCACGCCGAGGGCAAGACAGAGGAGGCGCGGGCGGACCUGGCCCGUCUGGCCCUCAUCCGGGAGCAGCGCGAGGCCGAGCGGCUGCGCAAGCAGGCCGAGAAGGAAGAGAAAGAAGCGCUGCUGCGGGAGAAGGCGGCGGCGCGCGAGCGGGAGAUGAAGCGCCGCGAGGAGACCAAGGGGAAGAAGAAGGGAGGCUCGAAGAAGACUUAAUGAGCUGUGUCAAUGGAACUGUGGAGGGGGUCUCCCACUUGCGACCCCACCGCUGGAAUGACGCGAUGAAUCUGGCUAUCUGGUUUGGACAAUAUCGGCAAUAUAUCUCUCUGGUUGAUUUUGAAGUACAUACUCGCUCUAGACGUUUUGAACAGAUAUGAUCGUUACAGGGAUGACUGCAUGCUUGGCAUCUCCUCUGCAUUUAAACACUUCCAAGGAUAUUGUAACACGGAGCCAAAUAUAGAGAACUU